AUAUUAUAAAUUAUAUUACUGUUAUAAAUUUAAAAUUAUGUACUAAAUUAUAAUUUAUAAUUAUAUCUGUAAAAUUAUUAUAAAUUGUAUUAUUCGACUUGUUUACUCCUAAUUGUAUUCUAUACAAAUUUGUAUAUUUAUAAUUGGAACUAUGGUUCAUACGUGCAGAAUUUGUAGUCUUUCAUCUAACGAUAAUAAAGAUCUAUCAUUUCACAGAUUUCCGAAGAAUUUGGAAAAAAGGCAAAAAUGGGCAUCAGCCUUAGGGGUGCAACAAAUUGGUGAUUGGCAUUACGUUUGCGGAAAUCACUUUAAUCGUGACAGUUAUAUCUUCAGCAACACUAGAAAUAUAUUGAAGUCUAAUGCUAUACCAUUCAUUGUUCAAAAUUCAGAUGAUGAAUCUUGCUCACCGAUUAUUUGUUCUUCUGCAUCUGAUAAUUAUUCGCAUGUCAAUACUGUAAAUUCUACUUCAAGUAUUUUGAAUAAUGUUGUUGUUCAAAAUUCAGAUGAUGAAUCUUGCUCACCGAGUAUUUGUUCUUCUGCAUCUGAUAAUUAUUCACAUGUCAAUACUGUAAAUUCUACUCCAAAUAAUUUGAAUAAUGUUGUUGUUCAAAAUUCAGAUGAUGAAUCUUGCUCACCGAGUAUUUGUUCUUCUGCAUCUGAUAAUUAUUCACAUGUCAAUACUGUAAAUUCUACUCCAAAUAAUUUGAAUAAUGUUUACAGAACACCUAAACGGAGGAAGAUAGAAUUAAAUUGUGAUGUGACAACUCCCAAAAUAUGUCCUAAAAAAAAAUUAAUUUGGAGUAGUAAUCGAUUUGGUGAUUUGAGUGCAAGUGAUUUUGGAACACCAAAUUGUGCUGCAAGAAAUUUUGAAGUCGUAAAAAGAACUGUCACACAACUGAGAAAAAAAAAUAAAUAUCUCAAUCAAAAAUGUAAGCGUUUAGAGAAAAAAGUUGUAACAUUAAAUGACAUGUUGGACAUCCUUAAGAAGAAAUCAUUAAUGACAGAUUUUGCUGCUGAUAGCUUAAAGGUACAUCAAUUAAAACAAUGACAUUUCAUUAACAACAAAAUAUCAAAUAUUAAAUCAGGGAAAACAAGGUCAAAAUUAACGAAAUUAG